GGACAGGCCUCCUUGGUGGCUUACAACACGUUAUUUCCUCUUUGUAGCCUUCCCGACUCCAAACCCCAAUCUCCGUCCCCUCUCCAUUCCGUUCCUGCGGAAACCCUAGAUUUGAGAAUUGCACCGAAUUAGGGCUCCAAAAUCUCGAGGGUCACAGAAUUCUGUGCAGGCUUGUGAGUGGUUUGGGGUUUUUUGAGCUGAGUUGAGUUGAGUUGAGAUGGCAUCUGUGUCCAGUCAGCCUCAGUUUCGUUACACCCAGCCUCCAUCGAAGGUGCUGCAUUUGAGAAAUUUGCCGUGGGAAUGCACGGAAGAAGAACUCAUCGAACUGGGGAAGCCAUUUGGGAAAGUUGUCAACACAAAGUGCAAUGUCGGAGCAAACAAGAAUCAAGCUUUUAUUGAAUUUGCUGAUUUGAAUCAAGCUAUUGCUAUGAUAUCAUAUUAUGCCUCAUCCUCGGAGCCUGCUCAAGUACGUGGAAAGACUGUCUACCUGCAAUAUUCUAAUAGGCAAGAGAUUGUCAAUAAUAAGACCACGGCUGAUGUUGCUGGAAACGUUCUGCUGGUAACAAUUGAAGGAAAUGAUGCACGCCUUGUCAGCAUUGACGUUUUACAUUUGGUGUUUUCAGCUUUUGGCUUCGUCCAUAAGAUCACUACUUUCGAAAAAACAGCUGGAUUUCAGGCCUUGGUGCAAUUUUCUGAUGCUGAAACUGCUUCUUCUGCAAAAAAUGCACUGGAUGGAAGAUGCAUCCCUAGCUAUUUGCUCCCCGAGCAAAUGGGACCGUGCACUCUCAGGAUCACAUACUCUGCGCAUACUGACCUGAGCGUGAAAUUCCAGAGCCACAGGAGCAGGGACUACACCAAUCCAUACCUACCUGUUGCUCAAUCAGCAAUAGAUGGCAGUGGUCAGUUGGCUGUUGGCGUCGAUGGGAAGAAACUAGAACCCGAGAGUAAUGUGCUUCUUGCGUCAAUUGAGAACAUGCAGUACGCAGUCACGUUGGAUGUUCUUCACAUGGUCUUUUCUGCUUUUGGGCCUGUACAGAAGAUUGCCAUGUUUGAUAAGAAUGGGGGAGUGCAGGCUCUGAUUCAGUAUCCUGAUAUUCAGACGGCUGUAGUGGCCAAGGAGUCCUUGGAGGGACACUGCAUUUACGAUGGCGGGUUCUGCAAGCUUCAUCUUUCAUAUUCACGCCACACUGAUCUCAGCAUCAAGGUUAACAAUGAUCGGAGUAGGGACUACACUUUACAGAACCCUGCAAUGGCAAAUACCCAGCCCUCCAUUCUUGGGCAGCAGCCUGGUCCAGCCACUUCUCAGUAUGGUGGGCCGGGGCAGUACCCUCCUGUCUCUGGACAGACGAUGAUGCAGCAGCCAACAGCGGGUUGGGGCCCAGUCCCCGGCGGUCCCCAGUCCAUGCCUAUGCAAAUGCAGAGCAACCCCUACAUGUCUCAGGCGCCCGGACCCUAUCAAAUGGGUCCUGGGAUGAUGCAAGGACCGAGUCCUGGUGGGUUACCCCCACAUCAUGCCACAGGGAGGCCUCCUUACGGUGGUCCAGGUCCAGCGCAAUAGCCAGCCGAUAGCUUCUUUUGUUAGGAAAUCGGGUGUCCCUCAAAGUUUGUGGAUCCCUCCCGAAAUUUUGGAUGUGAUGGGAUGAUGGAGCUUUUGCAUUUAUGGGACCUGCUGCUUGUUUUCGCUUUUGCUGGUUUGGGAAUUUGUAACACAUUAAUCACUUUGUGCCUAUGACAUUUCUGCCUUACUAAUUGAAAUCAGAUGCAUUUGAGUUUUUCCUUUA